UUACCCUUUGGGGCUCCUGGGGUUCGCUGGGUGCUGGGGUUGGGUUUGGGUGAAUUCUCUGGGAUUGGGGUGAAUUCUCUGGGAUUGGGGUGAAUUAUCCUGGGAUUGGGGUGAACUCCCUGGGUUUGGGGUGAAUUCCCUGGGUUUGGGUGAAUUAUCCUGGGAUUCAGUGCCUGAGUGGGGAGGGAAUCCCGGCGGGAUUCCAGAAGCUUCCCUGGGCAGAGGGAAUGCCAGGAGCAGGGGGGGAUCCCGCCAGGAGAUGGAUCCCAAAAUCCCACUGGGAUCCCAAAAUCCGGGGCAGGGACAGGUCCUGGAUGGGAGCAGAUCCCAAAAUCCCGCUGGAUCCCCACAAGAACAGGGACAGGUCCCGGAUGGGAGCAGAUCCCAAAAUCCCGCUGGGAUCCCCACGAGAACACGGACGGAUCCGGGAUGCUGCUGCAUGGAGCACGGUGUGGGAUCCCCGUCGCACCGCGGACCCGUCGAUCCCACCUCCCCCCAGGGGAUCCCCUCGGCCGCGAUGGCCGCGCCCCGCCCGUCUGGACACCCCCGAAGGCGGCGGCGCUGACCACGCGGUCACCGGGAGCGGGGCACCGGGAGCGGCCACGGCACCGGCAGCACCGGCAGCACCGGGAGCACUGGGAGCACUGGGAGCACUGGGACGGAGCGCUGGGAAUACUGGGAGCACUGGGACCCAGUAUUCCAGCAACACCGGCCGGACCAGGUCCACGCCACGCCAGGAGAACUGGAAGCACUGGGAGCACUGGGAGCACCGGGAGCGGCGACGGUACCGGCACCAGGAGCACCGGAGCACCGGGAGCACCGGGAGCACCGGGACAGAGCGCUGGGAAUACUGGGAGCACUGGGACGGAGCGCUGAGGUGUCCAGCAAGACCGGCCGGAGCAGCUCCACGCCACGCCAGGAGAACUGGGAGCACCGGGAGCACCGGGAGCACCGGGAGCACUGGGAGCACCGGGAGCACCGGGAGCACCGGGAGCACUGGGAGCACUGGGACGGAGCGCUGGCGUGUCCAGCUCCACGCCACCAGCGACACUGGCCGGAGCAGCCCCACGCCACGGCAGAACUGGGGACACCAGAAACAUCUGGAAGAAGGAGCCACAUGCGGCCACGCGCCAUGCGGGGACCGCCGGUGACACCAGAGGUGGCACGAGAAGUGACACGAGAGGUGACACCAGAAGUGACACGAGAGGCGGCACAAGAGGUGAUGCAGAGGUGACACGAGAAGUGACACGAGAGGUGACACCAGAGGUGACACGAGAGGCAGCCACGCCACGGCAGAAGCGCCGCAGCCUCGCUGGGGAGGCACGAGGACGCCGCGGUGUCCCCUGCCAUGCCGUGCUGGUGGCACCGGGGCGGCCGUCGCGCCGCCACGCCUGGAGGCCGCGGGACACUUCGACAUGUGGCGGGACUACCUGGGGCUGGCGGCCGUGGUGGCCGUGCUGCUGCGUGAGCCUGCGGGCCUCGGGGACAUCUCGGUGUCGCUGGGAGCUCUGGCUCCGCGUGCUGGGCCGGCUCCACGUGCUGGGCCAGCUCCACGUGCUGGGCCAGCUCCGUGUGCCAGGCUGGCUCCACCUGCUGGGCUGGCUCCAUCUGCAGGACCAGCUCCACAUGUGGGACCAGCUCCACGCACUGGGCUGGCUCCGUGUGCUGGGCUGGCUCCACCUGUGGGACCAGCUCCAUAUGCUAGACCAGCUCCGUGUGCUGAACCAGCUCCGUGUGCCAGACCAGCUCUGUGCACUGGGCUAGCUCCAUGCACCGAGCCAGCUCUGUGGGCCAGACCAGCUCCGUGUGCUGAACCAGCUCCACGUGCCGGGCCAGCUCCACGUGCCGGGCCAGCUCCACAUGCCGGGCCAUCUCCCCCUGUGGGACGCCCCGCUCCGUGCUCCGCGCCGGCCCCGUGCUCGUUCUGCCAGCACAACGGCGAGGCGCCGGGCGUGUACCGGAGCCACAGCCUGCGGGACGCGCAGGGCCGCCUGCAGUGCCCGGUGCUGCGCAGCUACGUGUGCCCCCAGUGCGGCGCCACGCAGGACCAGGCGCACACGCGCCGCUUCUGCCCCCGCACGCACCGCGGCUACACCUCGGUGUACGCCCGCCCCCGCGCCCCGCCAGCAGCGCCCGCAGGAGGCACAGGGACACCAGCAUGUAGCCGGGGGAUGGAGGAGCCCUGCCACCCUGCAGGACUUCCCCAGAGGACGAGACCACGGCUUGGAGCUCGACUGGGACCAGUCUUGGAGCUCGACUGGGACCAGUUUGCCCAGUUUGUGCCACCUCCCGACGCCGUGGCACCCGCAGGAGUCGCUCAGCCAGAUCUGGGUGCUGCCAGCGGGGGCCAGUUCUGA